UGAGAUAAGAAGAGGCCAUGUUUGGUCCUCUCAAUCGUAUUCCUAUCACAGCCUCUCAUAUCCACCAACACCAAACCAAACAAAACAACUCAAACCCCUUCGUUCCUUUCAAUUCAACCACCACACUCCUUCGUUUAUCUUCACUCUCUCCCUUUCUUCCUUCACAAAAAUGGCGUCGUCGUUGCAGCACGCCACCGCUUCGAUUCAAGCCAUCCCCACCACCAGAAACAUCCUCACCCAGAAACCCAUCCUCAACCUCUCCCUCCCGAGCUCCACCUUCACCCCACUCAACCUCAAACUUGUCUCAGUCGCCCCCUCCCGCCGCUCCGGCGGCGGCGCACUCGGAGCCAGAAUGAACGCCUCCGCCGCCACCAGCUACGCCUCCGCACUCGCCGACGUCGCCAGCUCCAACAAAUCCCUCGACGCCACCACCGCCGACGUGGAGAAGCUCGAGACGCUCUUUUCUGACGCCAAGGUGUUCGACUAUUUCUCCAACCCAACCGUCCGCAUCGAAGACAAGCGCAAGCUCAUCGACGACAUUGCCAAGAGCUCGGAGCUUCAGCCACAUACCCGGAACUUCCUCUACAUCCUCAUCGACUCGCAGAGGAUCGACCUCAUCAUUGAGAUCGUGAAGGAGUAUGAGCUCGUGUACAACACGCUCACUGAUACCGAGCUCGCGGUGGUGACCUCGGUGGUGAAGCUGGAGUCGCAGCACCUGGCGCAGAUUGCCAAGCAGGUGCAGAAGCUCACUGGGUCGAAGAAUGUGAGGAUUAAGACCCAGCUUGACCCGAGUUUAGUGGCGGGUUUCACUGUGAGGUAUGGGAAUUCUGGGUCUAAGUUGAUUGACAUGAGUGUCAAGAAGCAAUUAGAGGAAAUUGCAGCUCAGCUUGAAGUGGGUGAUAUCUCACUUGCUGUAUGAGCUUGCUCUGUUUUCUCUCUUGCAUCCUUGUGGUACUAUUUUUUUGAGGUUAUAGUAUAUGUAUGAAUUUGAAUCCUCAACUGUGUAGUGCAACCUUCUUACAGUACCUUAUGUGAUUCUUAAUUUUGAAAAACUGGGUUUUUUAUGUUCUAUAUUAUAUUUGGAAACUCUUCUACAA